CCGGCUCCCCCGCGAUGCCCGGCGCCGGCCGGGGGCCGCCGGGGGCUGAGCCAGCCCGGCCCCGCCCGGGGAACGCCUCUGGGCUCCCCACGGCCGGCUCGGCAGCCUGCGCCAGGGCCGCUGCUCCCAAGCGGAGCCACAUCGGGCGGGCGGCAGCCGCCAUGGAGCGGACCCCCAUCCCCGUGCUCACCGUGCAGACAGCGCCCUACGAGGACCAGCGCCCGACGGGCGGAGGGGGCCUGCGGCGGCCCACGGCGCUCUUCGAGAGCCAGCGCAACUACCUGCCCAACUUCGUGCAGAGCCUCCUCUCGUCCGUCGACCUCCGCGACCGGCAGGGCUGCACCAUGGUGGUGGGCAGCGACGGCAGGUACUUCAGCAAGACGGCCAUCGAGAUCGUCGUUCAGAUGGCCGCGGCCAACGGGAUCGGCAGAUUGGUUAUUGGGCAGAAUGGGAUCUUAUCCACACCUGCUGUUUCGUGUAUCAUCCGAAAGAUCAAAGCUGCUGGUGGAAUUAUUCUAACAGCUAGCCACAGUCCUGGGGGACCUGGAGGAGAAUUUGGAGUCAAGUUUGAAGUUGCCAAUGGAGGACCUGCUCCAGACAUAGUUUCAGAAAAAAUCUAUCAAAUCAGCAAAACCUUGGAGGAAUAUGCCAUUUGUCCUGAUCUCAGAGUUGAUUUAUCACGCCUAGGAAGACAAGAAUUUGAUCUGGAGAACAAGUUCAAACCUUUCCGAGUGGAAAUUGUGGAUUCUGUGGAAAUCUACCUCAAUCUCCUUCGAAGUAUUUUUGACUUCAGUGCCAUCAGAAAUCUGCUGACUGGACCCAAUCAGAUUAAAAUUAGGAUUGAUGCCAUGAAUGGAGUUAUGGGACCCUAUGUGAGAAGAAUCUUGUGUGAUGAAUUGGGAGCUCCUGCAAAUUCUGCCAUCAACUGUAUUCCUCUGGAGGAUUUUGGUGGGCAGCCUCCUGAUCCAAAUUUAACAUAUGCAACUGCCUUGCUGGAGGCUAUGAAAGGUGGCGAGUAUGGAUUUGGAGCUGCUUUUGAUGCUGAUGGAGACCGCUACAUGAUCCUUGGCCAAAAUGGUUUCUUUGUUAAUGCUUCAGAUUCACUGGCUAUAAUUGCUGCCAAUCUGUCUUGCAUUCCAUACUUCUGUCAGAUGGGUGUCCGAGGAUUUGGCAGAAGCAUGCCUACCAGCACAGCUCUGGACAAAGUGGCAAAAGUAAUGAAGGUUCCUGUGUAUGAGACACCAGCAGGAUGGAGAUAUUUUUCCAAUCUCAUGGACUCUGGACGUUGUUCCCUUUGUGGUGAGGAGAGUUUUGGCACAGGAUCUGACCACCUUCGUGAGAAAGAUGGACUGUGGGCUGUGCUAGUUUGGCUUUCAAUCCUAGCAGCUCGAAAACAAAGUGUGGAGGAGAUUGUCAGGGAUCACUGGGCAAAAUUUGGCCGGCACUACUACUGCAGGUUUGAUUAUGAAGCACUGGAACCCAGAACAGCAUAUUUCAUAAUGAGAGACCUGGAAGCUUUGAUCACUGACAAAUCGUUCAGCCAUCAGCAGUUUGCUGUGGGUAACAAUAUCUACAGUGUGGAAAGAACAGACAGCUUUGAGUACAUAGAUCCCGUGGAUGGCACUGUGACCAAAAGACAGGGGCUACGGAUUAUUUUUUCAGAUGCUUCCAGACUCAUCUUCAGAAUGAGUGCUUCCAGUCACGUGAGAGCUACUCUGCGGAUCUAUGCAGAGAGUUAUGAAAAGGAUCCAAGCCAACACAAUAAGGAGCCCCAGGCUGUGCUGAGUCCUCUUAUAGCAAUUGCACUGAAAAUAUCUCAGAUUCAUGAGAGGACAGGACGAAAGGGACCCACUGUCAUCACUUGAAACCAUGGAAGAUUGUUAAACCAGGGCCAAAAGAGGAACAAGCAAGGAAGAGACAGAACCUUGUUAAAACUUGUUAGCCAUUUGUGCCUUGUAUGAUUUUAAAAAUUAGGUGGAAAGAAAAAUUCAAUAUAACAUUAAGCAUAAUCAUUUGCAUUGAUCUCCAAAUGCAGUAGUGUAUUGACUUGUUUUACCUGCAGUGUCCUAAUUUCUGGUAACAGUAUAACCAAAGAAAGAGGCCUUAAAGUUAAAAUGUUGUCAGUAGUGUAGCCAAAAAUGACAACUGCUUGGUUUUGAAUGCUGUGAUAAAAGUUGGAGAAAUUGCAGUUAGGGGGAGAGAAGAAGGAGUUGCAAAGCAAAGACAUGCUUAGUGAGUAUUGUCUGGGAUUCUUGUCACCUUCUGGUAGGUUUCUGAAGAGGUAUACAGAGCAUAUCUGAGUCAAAGGGCCAUGUACUAAGCUCUGCACAGGGUGUAUUUCCUCCCCUGGCUCCAUGCCUCCUCUCAGGCCUCUCCUGUUGCUCACAGAUGCACGUUGUUGUAUACACACCUACACUUGCUCCCAAAGAUGGGGUUAUUCCAUAUUUUUUUACCCCUGCUUUUAAAACAUAUCAUUGUGACUUGUGCCUUUAGAUUUUCCUUAUUUUUUGACUCUUUGGUUGUUUUCCUCCAAAAGGAGGCCUUUGUGCUAUAGAGCUGAUUUUGUCCUUCCAGCAAUAUGUCGGGUAUGGAAUCUGGCUGUCCUCCACAACACUCCUCUUGUCAGGAGAUGAUACUGGUGCUUACUGUGUUUGGAAGAUAAUCUCUACACAUUCAACAAUUUUUUAAGAAGGAGUUAUAGAAGUUUUUUAGUCUUUGGAAUACUCAUGCUCCACUUACCAUCAAGUAAGUGAGUGAGAGGGAAUUAAACCCUAAUCAAUUGAACAGAAAUACUGGUCUGAUUCACCCUCUGGAUACAGUUUCUAUUAGAUUCUUGGUAACAGUGGAUCAUGCAAUAAAAAUUUGGGGAGUGCAAGAGAAUUCCCGGCAUAGAUCUGAGAAGGCUGUUGGGGAUAUGGACAUCAGCGUUUUUGUUUGUGAAAUGAUACAGCAGUUCUUGCUACAAUACUGUGCUCUGAAAAAGAACACAAACACUUUAUGCAUGUGAUUUGCUUGAAAGCUUUACCUCCUUGGGAAUGGUGAGGUCACUUGUAUCAUUCGUCAAGGUGGCUUUGUGCAGCUUGCCUCUUUGCAGUGUAUUUCAACUCAUUGUGGUUGUCAAAUUUUAGUACAAUUUAUAUAAUAUUGCAGCAAAGGAAAUUGUUUAAAUUUCUUUCAACGCUUCUGUCAAAAAAUGGCUAUGGCGCUUAGUAUACAAUAAAGAGUAAUGCUGUAUAUCUGUCUUAAUAUGUAAUUGUGGACAAGACACCCUGCACUUUCAAGCAUCCUAAUAAAAUUGCCUUUAUUACAGUUACAUUAUUACUUAA